CUACAGUUUCGAGAUGGCAUGGCUUGAUCGUGCAAUUUCUGAAGAUGAAAUUCGUGUAAUAACAGAAGAAAUCACUAAGGAAGAAGUUAUGAAUUAUUUGGAAAAUCUUUCCAAGAACAUUAAGAGCCCACCCUCCGGUCUUUCGAAAAUUUUUGGUGCGAUAGCAUAUACUGAGCCUAAAAUAUUUGCAAUUGAUAAAUACAAAAAAGAUAAAAGAUCAGAUAUUUACAGUUUAGGAGUUUUAUUCUGGGAAAUAUCGAGUUGCUGUGUCCCUUUUGAAGGUAUAGACCAUAUAAUUAAGAUGGAAAAGAUUAAGGGUGGACUAUGUGAAAAGCCAAUUUCUGCUACGCCUUUAGAAUACACGAGAUUAUAUGAGGAUUGUUGGAAACCUGAGCCGGAAGACCGGCCUUUAAUCGAGGAUGUUUGCGAGAGAUUGAAAUCUAAAUCUCUUGUUCUCGGAGAUCAUUACAAAAUGUGA